CAGGGAGUAACAUGACCUACUCAGAUCUGGUCAUGUGACUCAGCCUGACGAUGUUCACUGUUUAUAACCACCUGGUCAGAGCCUCAGACUGACUUCGUCUCCGUGUUUGGAGGCUGAAACUUGGUCCAUCUCCACAGAACCGACGGUGAACAUGAGGUUGUUGCAGGAAACUCUGGUCCUCCUGUUACUGUGGGCCUGUCUGGACUCUGCACUCUCCAGGAGCUGCUCCACGUUCUUCUGCCGGAAAUCUCACUCCGUCAGCGGCCCCGAUGGAGUGGACCCGGGCUCCCCUCUGUUCCUCACCCCCUACCUGGAGAAAGGAGCCAUAGAUGAAGCCAGGAAGCUGAGUCUGGUGGGAAAACUGCCUGGAGCUAAUGUCAAGAGUUACUCCGGAUACCUCACAGUGAACAAAAAAUACAACAGCAACCUCUUCUUCUGGUUCUUCCCUGCACUCAUGGCAGACCAAGAGAAAGCUCCAGUCCUGCUAUGGCUGCAAGGCGGCCCUGGUGGAACCUCCAUGUUCGGUCUGUUUGUGGAACAUGGGCCGUAUGUGGUGUUCAAGAACCUGACUGUCGGGUUGAGGGAUUAUGCCUGGACAACCAGAUAUUCAGUUUUAUACAUCGACAAUCCAGUUGGAACAGGUUUCAGCUUCACAGAUGAUGACAGAGGUUUUGCUCAGAACCAGGAUGAUGUUGGCAGAGAUCUGUACAGUGCUUUGACACAGUUCUUCCAGCUCUUUCCUGAAUAUCAGUCCAAUGAAUUCUAUGCAACUGGAGAGUCAUAUGCAGGGAAGUAUGUUCCUGCCAUUUCUUACUACAUCCAUAAAAACAACCCCACUGCCAAGGUGAAAAUCAACUUUAAGGGGAUGGCUAUUGGUGACGGACUCUGUGAUCCAGAAGUGAUGAUGGGCGGUUAUGGAGAGUUCCUGUAUCAAAUAGGACUCAUAGAUGAACUCCAGAGGCAGUAUGUUGACAAGCAGACGGGUUUAGGCGUUCAGCUCAUCCAACAGCAGAAGUGGGUGGAGGCUUUUCAGGUUUUUGAUAGUUUGCUGAAUGGCGACUUGGUGCCAUAUCCCUCCUUCUUCCAAAACGCUACAGGCUGCACCAACUACUACAACUACUUGAUGUGUCAGGAGCCUGAAGACCAGGAGUACUUCAGCCAGUUUGUGACCCUGUCAGCGGUGCGUCGAUCCAUCCAUGUGGGCAACCUGACGUUCCACGAUGGAUCGGAGGUGGAGAAGCACCUCAUGCAGGAUGUGAUGAAGAGCAUCAAGCCAUGGCUGGGAGUGCUGAUGGACAACUACAGGGUCUUAAUGUACAGCGGUCAGCUGGAUGUAAUCGUAGCUGCUCCUCUGACUGAGAGGUUCCUGCCUACUGUUAACUGGACCGGUGCUGCAGAGUACAAAACAGCACCUCGGUUCCACUGGAAGGUUCAGCCUGAAGACACAGAGGUGGCCGGUUAUGUCAGACAAGUUGGAGAGUUUUACCAGGUGAUUAUUCGAGGAGGAGGACACAUUCUGCCUUACGACCAACCAGCCAGGUCCUUCGAUAUGAUCGACAGAUUCUUGUCUACGCAGGGCUGGGUAUGAGAGGUACCGGUGCUGAGACACAGCCGAGAAAAGCACCGUCAUUUUAAAGAAAACACUGAUCAUUGACUGUUGAUUUUAAAGACUGCUGAUUGUCAGAAGCCGUGCGAAUCAGCAUGUUAUAUUUUAUGCAGCAGAUUUUAAAUUUUAUGAUUUUUAGCAGAUGAAACAUUUGGUUUGGGUAAUUUUUUUUUGCGUACUGUAAGUUCUGUUAGCCAAGAUGCAGACCACUGAAUUACUACGAAUGUUUUAUUUUAGUUUUAUCGAAUAAAAUCUAAAAACGAAGAGGAGACGAGUUGUCUAUUCAGUCUGAUUCUCAGGUGAGCGAUUUUAAUCCAGUACGAUUUUGUUCAAGUUUAGCCAAUAUCUCCUCACAGUUGGUUUGCUUUGUUUUCUUUGUGUGCGCUUGUACAAAGCCUUAACUUUGUAAAUGGAAAAAGUGGUUUGGGUUGAAUUAUACGCCAGUAUUCCAGCAUAUCCUGUGUAUGUUUUGUGCUCAUGCACAGGAUGGGACUGGAUAUGAUAAAAGAGGAGGCAGUUAGAGUGAAACGGAUAGUAAAUCUGGUCCAUGGCAACAGUCUAAAUAUGGGUAUUUCCAUCUCUAAAUGUCAGAUGUGUUGUACAAUUUCUGCACAACCAAAUCUGAUUUGCCUGAAAUUGUUUCUCAAGAUAUUUGUGAAAUUUUAGCUUGACAUAUGACCAACUUUCUGAAAAAAAAAUGCAUGUUGACCCACUGUCAGCACGUUUUUGCAGAAUUCAAAUUCUGAAUCAAUGGCUUGAUAAGUUAUUUUUAAUAGUUUAUCUAAACAUAACCUCAAAAUUCUAUGCAUGACGAACAUACUCAAACUGCAUUGACAGGCAACUUAAAAAAAACACAAAAAACCUUGGAGAAUACUUGGUAUAUGAAACUAAAAUUGAACAGAUACCAUUUUAAGUAUUCAUUAUUUAUGUUGUUUUUCUUUUUUUUUAAGUUUUAAGCAAAUCAGAGGUAGUCAAGCAGAAGGUCACUGAUUAUUUGAGAUGGAAUAAACUUUCUCCAGAAUUUCUGACUCUCUUUUGCAGUUUUCUAUAAUUUGGGAAUUAAUUUCAUGUUUGUUUUUCUUGGAUUUCUGUGAGGAAGUGUUGUUGGUGUUGUGUUCAAUAAGUACAUGCUUGAAGACGAAAUGCAAAGACACGGUGCCAUGAAAAAGUAUUCAACCCCCCUUCUGAUUGCUUCUUUUUGUGAUUUUCACAUUAAACUCUGUCAGAUCUUCAAACAUAAUCUGAGUAAAUACAAAAUAGAAGUUUUAAGUGGUAAUUGUACUCCUGAAAAGUUUACAUAUGACAUGGAGUGGGAAUGAAUACUUUUUCACUGCUCUGUACAACCUUGAAAGUAGAGAAAUGACUUGAAAUAAAGAUGCAUUUUUACAUCA